AUGUCCUCUAGACAGGCCCGUUACCAGCCUCUUGAAAAUGCCACUGAAGUUGAGCUUGAUGGAGGCAACCAGUCCGAUGAUGACCUGAAGACACCCCAGACCUUCACCCUCCGCUCCGGUCGGCCAGCAAGCGAUGCCGCUUCCUCAAGCGAGGUCGCCUUAUUAGGCUCCUCCGCCCACGACAGGUUCCCCAGACGGCGAGAAUAUUCCGACACCGUGGCCAGCCGCUUCUGCGUCGGCCCCAAACUCACCAAGCAAUACAUUGCCUUCUCGGUCCUCCUCUUAGCUGUCGUUGUCUCGGUAAUUGGUGGCGGUGGCUACUGGGUGUAUACCAAGGGUCAGAUCAAUGGGCAGUCUCCGCCAUGGUACCCGACACCGCCAGGCGGGACCUUGGCAUCAUGGCAAGUCAGCUACGACAAGGCUCAAAAGUUGGUUGAGCGUAUGAGCCUCGUAGAGAAGGUCAACAUUACCACCGGUACAGGAUGGUCAAUGGGAUUAUGUGUGGGCAAUACCGCUCCUGCACCGAGUGUUGGGUUCCCCGGCCUUUGUCUCCAGGAUGGACCAUUGGGUAUACGAUUUGCAGACCAUGCAACUUCUUUUCCUGCUGGCAUCACGGUGGGUGCCACCUGGAACCGUGAUUUGAUGCAUCGUCGUGGUGCUGCCCAUGCACGUCAAGCAAGACUCAAAGGUGUCAACGUCCUUCUUGGGCCAGCAAUGGGACCCUUGGGUCGAAACCCAGCAGGUGGCAGAACGUGGGAAGGGUUUGGCAGCGAUCCAGUAUUGCAAGGGAUAGCUGCAUACGAGACCAUUCAAGGCAUUCAGUCCCAGGGAAUCAUGGCAACUGCAAAACACUAUAUCGGCAAUGAACAAGAGCAUUUCCGUCGAGGACUGGAGUGGGGUCUUCCUGAGGCUCUUUCUUCCAACAUUGAUGAUCGCACUCUGCAUGAAGUCUACGCAUGGCCAUUUGCCGAGAGCGUAAGAGCUGGAGUGGCAAGCAUCAUGUGUUCCUACCAGAUGGUCAACAAUUCUUAUGCUUGUGCGAACAGCAAGUUGAUGAAUGGUCUUUUGAAGGAUGAACUCGGAUUCCAAGGCUUUGUUCAGUCAGACUGGUUGGCUCAACGCAGUGGUGUUGCUAGUGCUCUGGCAGGCCUUGAUAUGUCCAUGCCCGGGGAUGGGCUGUAUUGGCAGGAUGGAAGAUCACUCUUCGGUGAGCAGCUCACGAUUGCGGUACUCAAUGGCUCUCUUCCCCUAACUAGGCUCAACGACAUGGUCACCCGAAUCGUUGCUGCGUGGUAUCAGCUGGGACAGGAUUCCUGGGACUCCGAGGGGCCCAAUUUCUCCUCGUGGACGCACGACGAAUACGGCUAUCCGCAUGCUGGCAGCAGCAGCAAACAGGACAAAGUGCUUGUCAAUAAGUAUGUCGAGACAGAGAACGACGAGAGCCGACAAGUAGCUCGAGAAGUUGCAAGUGAGGGCACCGUGCUGCUGAAGAACGAAGAUUCGAUCUUGCCGCUGAGUCCCACACUUUCCGAGCUUGGUCCCAGUAGCUCCAAGCGCGUCGCCGUUAUUGGGGAGGACGCAGGCCCUGGAAAGGGACCCAACUACUGCGAUGAUCGAGCUUGCAAUCAAGGCACUCUCGCUGUGGGUUGGGGCUCUGGUGCCACCGAUUUUACUUAUCUUGUGGAUCCGCUCUCAGCGUUGAAUUCGAGCUUCGACCUGUCGGUGGUCGAAAUGACCAGCUCACUUACCAAUAAAGUGUCUUCCAGCUUGAAGAAGGCGCUCAGGGAACAACAUCUAUGCCUGGUCUUUGGCAACGCAGACUCGGGCGAAGGACAUCGUAUCUGGCAUAGCCAACGUGCAGACAGAAAUGACCUGGAGAUUCAAAAAGGUGCGGGUUCGUUGAUCCGCACUGUGGCCGACGAAUGUGGCGGUCCUGUCGUCGUCAUUGUCCAUUCUGUUGGUCCGGUCAUCCUUGAAGACUUUGCCGAUCUACCGUCCGUCAAGGCCAUUGUCUUCGCGAACCUGCCCGGGCAAGAGAGUGGAAACGCCCUCGCUGACGUCCUAUUCGGCCGAACCGAUGCUUCUGGACGGCUUCCAUACACGGUCGGCAAGUCUCUUGUUGACUAUGGCCCGGGUGCUCCAGUACUUUAUUAUCCCAACGCCAUCAUUCCUCAGGUUGAUUUCAGGGAGGGUUUGUUCAUCGAUUACCGGCAUUUCGACAAGGCAGGCGUGGAGCCUCGCUAUCCAUUCGGCCACGGGUUGUCUUUCACGACAUUCGAUUUCUCUGACCUGGUUGUCACAAGCCUGAAACCGAAAUCAGCCCUUCCUUCUGCGCGGCCUGCAGGGCUGACACCACCAGACUAUGAUGAAAACAUACCACCUGUCGAUAGUGCGCUCAUUCCCAGCACAUUCACGAAGAUUCGAAAGUUCAUUUACCCAUACAUAUCUAGUGCAGACGAAGUGAAGAAGGGGAAGUAUCCGUAUCCUGAUGGGUACGGCAUCGCACAAGAUCCCAGUGCCGCUGGAGGCGGCGAAGGUGGCAAUCCUGCUCUCUUUGAAGAGUAUGUCAACGUCCAGGUACGCGUUACAAACACAGGCAGCCGCAAAGGAAAGUCCGUGGUACAACUGUAUGUGUCGUUUCCCUCCGCAAUCAAGGAACCAUCCACGAAUGAAGUCAUCGAAACACCGAUAAGAGUGUUGCGCAACUUUACCAAGAUCGAGCUCGAGGCAGGAGCAGAACAAGUGGUCAACCUCAGUCUGACACGAAAGGAUUUGAGUUACUGGUCCGUGGUCCGACAGAACUGGGUGAUGCCUGAAGGUCUCUUCACCUUAGCUGUGGGUCGCAGUUCGAGGGACCUGCCUCUGGAGGGCACAUACUGA